CUUGCAGCAACUCAUUAUCACCACCACCCCUUUCCCUUUUUUUUUCCAUUUUUAUUUUUAGUGUUAAUAUUUUUAUUUUAUUAAAUAUGGUUCAGCCUACUCUUUGUAUUCGUAAAGUAACCCCAUCUGAUAUUCAAUAUGCAGAACAAGCCACAAAUGUAGUGAAUAAAGCAUAUCGUUCAGAAGGAGGUUGGACGACAGAAAUGGAUAUUGUUGGGGGUGAACGAUGUACUGUGAAAGAUAUGAUUGACUUUAUAAAUACAAGUGGGAAACCCAAUACACUUUUAUUUGCUUUGGAAGAAGAUCAAGUUAUUGGCACUGUACAAAUCCAAUGUAGUAUCACCUCCGAAAAGGAAGAAGUAGCAGCUGAAAUUGGACUCUUUUCAGUGACACCUACUCAUCAAUCCCGUGGUAUUGGGGGUCAAUUGAUUCGUGCAGCCCUUGUAGAAAUGCAAACUCAAGGCUUUCACUUUGCUAUUAUGCAUGUCCUUGAAAAUCGACCUGAAAUAUUACGUUGGUAUAAAAAAUUAGGAUUUAUAGAAACAGGUGAACGAGUCCCAUUUGUUUGGCCAGAAAUGUUAAAGGUCAAAAAGGAUCUUUGCUUUUUAACUUUAAAGAAAGAAUUAAAUUAAAAAAAAGAAAAGAAAAGAGGGGCAUAGAUGUGUAUAAAAUAAAAUAGAAGAUAUGAAUUCAUUUAGACUGUA